AGUGGCUUGUCUCGAACCACCAUGAGCAACUUCAUCGAUACCAAAACUAUCGGUCAACCCAAACCUCGUCCACGUCGCCAUGUCCGUACCUUGACUGGCUAUCUUCCUGAGACCGACGCGUCGGGCAAAGAGAAAUGGCCCUUGGGGGACGAAAAGACUUGGAAGUCUGCUCUUCGUGGUGUUGAAGCCGAUGUCGAGUCGCUCACCAAGUCCAUCGUCAAUCACGUCCAAACUUCCCUCUCAAGACAGCCUUACAAUCUCGAUAAACUCGGCGCGUAUCAGGCAACGGCGCUCUCUGUCCGCGAUAACCUUCUAGUCAAUUGGAAUGAGACUUCGCUACAGUACACACGCAAAGCACCUAAACGUGCCUAUUAUCUGAGUCUCGAGUUUCUCAUGGGGAAGACACUAGACAAUGCCCUUCUCAACCUCAAUCUCAAGACAGAGUACACGAAAGGACUAGAGAAACUCGGCUUCAAUAUGGAGGAUCUUCUCGAAGAGGAGCGCGAUGCAGGCUUGGGAAACGGUGGUCUCGGCCGAUUGGCCGCGUGCUACUUGGACUCUGGUGCUAGUCAAGAGCUUCCGUUGUGGGGAUAUGGCCUCAGGUACAAGUAUGGUAUAUUCCAGCAGCUUAUCUCGCCUGAAGGAAAUCAAUUGGAAGCUCCCGAUCCAUGGCUGGACAACCAGAACCCUUGGGAACUUCCUCGUCUUGAUGUGUCCUACGAAGUGCGCUUUUAUGGCCAGGCCGAACGCGUCCAUGGCACAUCAAGGGCUGUUUGGCAUGGUGGCCAAGAGGUUUUGGCCGUCGCAUACGAUGUAAUGGUUCCUGGAUUUGCGCCGACAAAGACCACAAACAAUCUUCGUUUGUGGGAGAGUAAGCCGAAGCGUGGUUUCGAUCUCAAUUCUUUCAAUGCCGGAAACUAUGAGGGAGCCGUUGAAGCGAGCAACAGUGCUGCUGCCAUCACCAGUGUUCUCUAUCCAAAUGAUCACACCACAUUUGGGAAGGAACUUCGUCUUAAACAACAAUAUUUCUGGACCGCGGCUAGUCUCGCAGAUAUCAUCCGCCGGUUCAAAAAUAUAGGCAAACCUAUCACCGACUUCCCUGACUACGUUGCUAUCCAACUGAAUGAUACGCACCCAACGCUUGCAAUCCCCGAGCUUAUGCGUAUACUCUUGGACGAAGAGGAGCUUCCAUGGAACACGGCAUGGCAAAUCGUCACUAAUACCUUCUUCUACACAAACCACACUGUUCUACCCGAAGCACUCGAAAAAUGGCCAGUGCCUCUGUUGGAACACCUUCUUCCAAGACACCUUCAGAUUAUCUAUGAUAUCAACCUGAUUUUCCUGCAGUCUGUAGAGAAAAAAUACCCCGGCGAUCGCGAUCGCUUGGGUCGAAUGAGUCUCAUCGAAGAGGGCUUCCCGAAGCACGUCCGAAUGGCAUUCCUCGCAUGCAUUGGUUCAAGAAAAGUGAAUGGGGUGGCCGAGCUUCAUAGCGACUUGGUGAAGACCACCAUCCUCAAGGACUUUGUCGAGUUCGAAGGCGUCAGUAAGUUCGGAAAUGUUACCAACGGCAUUACUCCUCGCAGAUGGCUCGACCAAUGCAAUCCCGAACUGAGUUCGCUCAUUUCCCGGACUCUCGGAGUAGACAAGGCGGUGUGGCUCAAGAACCUCACAAUGCUUGAGAAGAUAUUGCCACAUGCCGACAAGGCUGCAUUCCGUGAAGAGUGGGCUGAUAUCAAGAAACGUAACAAGGAGCGGCUGGCGCACCAUUUACAGGUCACCUUGGGCUUCCAAGUUAACACAAACGCCAUGUUUGAUGUGCAGAUCAAGCGUCUCCACGAAUAUAAGCGGCAAACGCUCAACAUCUUGGGUGUUGUUCACCGAUACCUCACGCUGAAAGCGAUGAGUCCAGCAGAAAGAAAGAAAGUCAAUUCACGAGCUGUCUUCUUUGCUGGCAAAGCUGCACCAGCCUACUACAUCGCCAAAUUGACCAUCCGCCUUAUCGUAAACGUUGCCAAGGUCAUCAAUGCCGAUCCAGAGACCAAAGACUACCUGUCGCUUUACUUCGUCCCCGACUACUCCGUUUCUUUGGCAGAACUGCUUAUUCCUGCGUCUGAUAUCAGCCAACAUAUUUCAACUGCUGGAACCGAGGCGUCUGGAACCUCAAACAUGAAGUUCUGCCUGAAUGGUGGUCUCCUUCUUGGUACUGUCGAUGGCGCAAAUAUCGAAAUUGCAGAGGAAGUUGGAGAGAACAACGUCUUUUUCUUCGGGCAUUUGACUCCCGCCGUUGAAGACCUUCGUUAUCAACACACAUAUCAUCCCGUUCCUCUAGAAGAGAAAUGUCCAGCGUUGGCGCAUGUCCUGAACCAGAUCUCUGGCGGGCUUUUUGGCGACGCUGACAUCUACGAACCUUUGCUCAACACGAUUAGACAAGGAGACUAUUACUUAUUGAGCGAAGACUUUGAUUCUUACAUCGCGGCCCAAGCGAUGGUCGACACGGCAUAUGCUGACCGUGAAGAGUGGAUCCGGAAAUCCAUCUCCACCACAGCAAAGAUGGGGAAGUUCAGCUCGGAUCGAGCCAUCAAUGAGUACGCAGAAAGUUAUUGGAACAUCGAGCCAGUGCACAUCGAGUAA